CGCAACUCCAGGACUUUCUUCCUCUAAAGGCCACUUCCGGGAUGGUGGCCCGCAAGGAUCACAGUUCCUCACGCACCGCAGCGUCGGUCCUCUCUGCGGUUCGCCCGGCGCUCGUUUUCUUCGCCGGCCCCUCCCGACAACCUCUCGGGCGCGCGCAGUUCCACUUCCGGCGUACGAGGCGGUGACAAUGGGAGCAGCGCGGGCGGCGCCGGGAGGCAGCUGACAGGCGUCUGCGGCUUCGCUUCAUGGCCGCUCUGCCGGCCCGCCUGGGAUCUGUGGGGAGUCGAGGAGCCCGCGGCGGCCUGGAACCGGAGCUGGCGAGCCGAGCGGAGACCUGUGCACCGCGCCUCUGAGGCGCAGCAUGUGAAGCGGAGACGGCAUCCAGUGCCGGGCGAGCCUCUCAGCCGGCCGGGAUGGCUACCACGGCCGAGCUCUUCGAGGAGCCUUUUGUGGCAGAUGAAUAUAUUGAACGUCUUGUUUGGAGAACCCCAGGAGGAGGCUCUAGAGGUGGACCUGAAGCUUUUGAUCCUAAAAGAUUAUUAGAAGAAUUUGUAAAUCAUAUUCAGGAACUCCAGAUAAUGGAUGAAAGGAUUCAAAGGAAAGUAGAGAAACUAGAGCAACAAUGUCAGAAAGAAGCCAAGGAAUUUGCCAAGAAGGUACAAGAGCUCCAGAAAAGCAAUCAGGUUGCCUUCCUACAUUUCCAAGAACUGGAUGAGCACAUUAGUUAUGUAGCAACUAAAGUGUGUCACCUUGGAGACCAGUUGGAGGGGGUAAACACACCCAGACAACGGGCAGUGGAGGCUCAGAAAUUGAUGAAAUACUUUAAUGAGUUUCUAGAUGGAGAAUUGAAAUCUGAUGUUUUUAUAAAUUCUGAAAAGAUAAAGGAAGCAGCAGACAUCAUUCAGAAGUUGCACCUAAUUGCCCAAGAGUUACCCUUUGAUAGAUUUUCAGAAGUUAAAUCGAAAAUUGCAAGUAAAUACCAUGAUUUAGAAUGCCAGCUGAUUCAGGAAUUUACCAGUGCUCAAAGAAGAGGUGAAAUCUCCAGAAUGAGAGAAGUAGCAGCAGUUUUACUUCAUUUUAAGGGUUAUUCCCAUUGUGUUGAUGUUUAUAUAAAGCAGUGCCAGGAGGGUGCUUAUUUAAGGAACGAUAUAUUUGAAGAUGCUGCAGUACUCUGUCAAAGAGUGAACAAACAAGUUGGAGAUAUCUUCAGUAAUCCAGAAACAGUACUGGCCAAACUUAUUCAAAAUGUAUUUGAAAUCAAACUACAGAGUUUUGUGAAAGAGCAGUUAGAAGAAUGCAGGAAGUCUGAUGCAGAGCAGUAUCUCAAAAAUCUCUAUGAUCUGUAUACAAGAACCAGCAGUCUUUCCAGCAAGUUGAUGGAGUUUAAUUUAGGUACUGAUAAACAGACUUUCUUGUCUAAGCUUAUCAAAUCCAUUUUCAUUUCCUAUUUGGAGAACUAUAUUGAGGUGGAGACUGGAUAUUUGAAAAGCAGAAGUGCUAUGAUCCUACAGCGCUAUUACGAUUCGAAAAACCAUCAAAAGAGAUCCAUUGGCACAGGAGGUAUUCAAGAUUUAAAGGAGAGAAUUAGGCAACGUACCAACCUACCACUUGGGCCAAGUAUCGAUACUCAUGGGGAAACUUUUCUUUCCCAAGAAGUGGUGGUUAAUCUUCUACAAGAAACCAAACAAGCCUUUGAAAGAUGUCAUAGGCUCUCUGAUCCUUCUGACUUACCAAGGAAUGCCUUCAGAAUUUUUACCAUCCUUGUGGAAUUUUUAUGUAUUGAGCAUAUUGAUUAUGCUUUGGAAACAGGACUUGCUGGAAUUCCCUCUUCAGAUUCUAGGAAUGCAAAUCUUUAUUUUUUGGAUGUUGUGCAACAGGCCAAUACUAUUUUUCAUCUUUUUGACAAGCAGUUUAAUGAUCACCUUAUGCCACUAAUAAGCUCUUCUCCUAAGUUAUCUGAAUGCCUUCAAAAGAAAAAAGAAAUAAUUGAACAAAUGGAGAUGAAAUUGGAUACUGGCAUCGAUAGGACGUUAAAUUGUAUGAUUGGACAGAUGAAGCACAUUUUGGCUGCAGAACAAAAGAAAACAGAUUUUAAGCCAGAAGAUGAAAACAAUGUUUUGAUUCAAUAUACUAAUGCCUGUGUAAAAGUCUGUGCUUAUGUAAGAAAACAAGUGGAGAAGAUUAAAAAUUCCAUGGAUGGGAAGAAUGUGGAUACAGUUUUGAUGGAACUUGGAGUACGUUUUCAUCGACUUAUCUAUGAGCAUCUUCAACAAUAUUCCUACAGUUGUAUGGGUGGCAUGUUGGCAAUUUGUGAUGUAGCUGAAUAUAGGAAGUGUGCCAAAGACUUCAAGAUUCCAAUGGUAUUACAUCUUUUUGAUACUCUGCAUGCUCUUUGCAAUCUUCUGGUAGUUGCCCCAGAUAAUUUAAAGCAAGUCUGCUCAGGAGAACAACUUGCUAAUCUGGACAAGAACAUACUUCACUCCUUCGUACAACUUCGUGCUGAUUAUAGAUCUGCCCGCCUUGCUCGACACUUCAGCUGAGAUUGAAGGAAUUCAAUGUCAAUUCCUUUACACAGGAAUGGCUUGUUCUUCAGUAGGCCUCGGUUGAUAGAAAGCACAGGAGAUCCCUUAUGACACAGCCAACAUUUUGUGAAACAAUGACUGGAACAAAACAGCAGCCAUACUUACCUUUGAGGUUUUAUUUUAAGUUUGAAUGCCGCUAGCUGUAUUUUGUUUUUUACCCCUUAAGUUGAAUUUUAAUUCCAUUCUUGAAUGUAGAAAUUUCAGAUUUUGUAAAACUACAUGUCACUGUUUUCAUCCCAGAAAAUGUUGCUGUCAGAAGGCAAAGGAAAUGUUACCAGUGUUUUCCCUUCUUGUACUUUAACAUAUUCCAUUUAGAAAUGUUGCCAUUCUGUUUUGCAUUAAUAACAGUUGAAAUGCAGGAAAACUAUAUUUAUUAAUCUUCAGUUUUUAAUGACCUUUUCAGCAUCAGUUGUUAAUCAGAUUAUUUUAGGUUUUCCUAAAUAAUUUUUUGCCUCUUUCAAAAGGUUAACAAUUAAGCAUACUUUCUGUAGUUGGUUGUCCGGAUUUUUUUUUCCUGAGGUACAACAUUAAUACUAGUCCAAGAAAAAUGUCAUAAACUAAACUGAAAUGAUGAAAAGUUUUAUGUAGACAUUAGGAGUGGAUCAGAAUACUUCUGCUUUCUGGGUAAAACUUAAAAGUUUACGAUUUCUUAUUUGGUAAAUAGAUUUUAAGCCAAUUCUAGUAAGAAAUUAAUAAAACUACCUUAUUUAUAUUUCACUUAAGAUGGAGGACCUUAACUAAAGGACCAUAUUUAUUCAUUAUUUUAAUAUAAGGGAAGUAAAAAAAAAAUGAGGUAUAGUCUAAAUGGUGCAUAUAAGAAAUAUUGACAGUGUUUAGCAACAAUGCAGCCCUUUAAGAUUUCUAUCAUAAUGCUAAACUUUAAUAAGAUGGAAUGGCUGAACAUAUGGUUAGUCUUUUAUAUGUAGUGUUUCAGCUCUUAUUGUGUUGUUCAUAGUCUUCUAGGAACAGAUAAGUACUCAAUUCACUCUUGGCAUUUUUUCUUUAAUAUAGUCUUUUUAGCCUAUUUUUGGAAAACUGCUUUUCUUCCGAGAUCCUUAUUCUGAAUGUCAUCAACUUUACCAAACUUUCUAAGUCCAGAGCUAACUUAGUACUGUUUAAGUUACUAUUGACUGAAUUUUCUUCAUUUUCUGUUUAGUUCACUGUUACCAAGGUAAGCAAGGGAAUGAAGUAUACCAACUUCUUUCAAAGCAUUUUAGGACAUUAAGGCAGCUUUAGAAGGCUGUCUUGUUUUCUAGCCAAGGGAGAGCCAGAACAGGUUUUGGAUACUAGAGAAAGUCAUAUGCUUGUACUGUUGCCAUUUUAGAAAGCUCUGAUGUGAAUUCAAAUUUUACCUCUGUUAUUUAAAGCCAACAAUUUUAAGGCAGUAGUUUUACUGGCCACUUAAGUACUCUUUGUACAGUGUCAAUUUGUAAAAAAGAAAAAAAGAAAAAAAAUCUCAAAUAAAACAUGAGAUAACAUUUUAAGACUUCCAAAUCAGAGAAGUGCUUCAAAUUAUUUUGUUUGGAUUAAUUUUUAAAAUGUAAAGCAUAUACUUGUUGCUUAUUUUGUUAAUUAUUUUCAUGUUUGAAUUCUGUGCAAUAUUUUCUAUUAUGUCCAAUGAUAGGACAGUGACAAAAUUCAUAAGUGAAUACUUAAUUUAGAAGUGUUAACAUUAAUGCUCAAUAAACAAAUUCCCUGCA